GUUGUUGGCGGGAACACCAGAAAUGAAUGAUAAAAUUUAUUUUCCUGGAUAAUAGCUUUAGCGUGCAGGCCAGCAAUCAUGGUGGACACUGUGAGUCGAUGUCUGCGUCGAAUGCACGAUGUCUUACCCAUGAAUUCACCGCAUCGUGGAAUCGACUGCCUCAACCUUGCUGUCGAUUUGAGCACAUUUUGCUUGCAAAGUGUCUCCACGUCUGACUUGGCAUUCUGUUCAUCAGUGCUUUUCAACAAGAGUAAUGGGAUUAUCACCUUUCUUCACAGUACUGUAGGAAAUACUGAGUUCUCAGACUGCAAAACUGAAAUUUUGAAGUUUCUCAAGUCCUACGUACAAAAGCUGGAAAGUUUUGUGAACCCAUAUGCAAUAGAUCUCAAGGAUAUUUGUGUCAAAAUGUUUUCACUUGAACAAACAAGUAAGGUCAAAGUGGAAACAUUCCCACUUUUGAUUCAGCUUUUAGAGACAAAGCUUGAACAGGCAGUAGUGGAGGAUUUAGAGCUGCCAAAGUUAAUUGAUAAAUAUUUCAAUUCUUGUAUGCAGUCAUCAAAGCAACAGUCAACAGUUCGGCACUGGAUCUACACCACCAUGGGUAUAUUUGCAGAGAGGUUUCCUGAACAUAUGGUUGCUCAUUCAGACAGAUURAUGUCAAUUUUUGUCAAUAUUCUAAAAUCAGAGAUGAUCAACAAAAAGGCCAAGAAACCUGACAUGACUGUGAUUGGUGGCUGCUUAAAAGGCUUGACAUCUCUACUGGUCAACUUUACACAAACUGUCCACGAAGGAUCACGAUAUGCUAAAGAUGUUUACAGUUUGACAAGAAUGGCUAUCACUCCACAGGUUGAGUUGUCUAGAUAUGAAGUUCCAAAAGCUGGUUUGAACCUUUUUUCAAGACAUGCUGGCCAACUUAUUGAUUUAAUGGCCCAAGAUUAUCAAGCCUUKUAUGACAGCUUUUACCGCUGGUGUUGUCAUCAAAACAGAGAAGUUAGAUAUGCUGGUUUAGCAGCAAUUGAUUCAUUCCUAAAAGAGGUUUCCCAGUAUGUCUACAGUAAAGCAUCUCAAGAUAGUGACAAAAUAAUUGAAUGCAAGAACAUUUUUAAGUACUUUAUAAAAAUGUUUAGAAGCAUUCUUGAUACCAAUUCAAGUGACACACAACAGAUAACUGUAGCAAUAAAAGGUUAUGGCUAUUUUGCUAAGUGUUGCAAACUAUUUUUGAAAAGUGAGGAUGUGAAAUUCAUGUUCACUGAAAUAAUGCAAAGAAGUGAGCAAAUCUAUCUCAGCCAAGGUGAAUUAAAAGAGGAUCGAGUCAACCAACUUCCCAACUACAUYGCAGCAUUAUCUUAUAUUAUUGAAGAACUUGAUGAACUCACUGAUGGAUUCUGCUUCUCACUUGAAAGAUUAACUAUUAUACUAUUUGAGAACUUCCCUAAGUUUAACAAMGGUGCCAGAUAUGUUUGCUGCCAAUCCAUUGUUAAGCUUCUGUUCGAUAUAUCCUCUAAAGGCAGUGUAUUGAAGCACCUACUGUCACAAAUUGUGUACCAUGGCCUGAUAAGAACCUGUUCGCAUCCAGUUCUCAUAGAGCAGGAUACGGAUAUGGACUAUGAGGCAGGAAUGAUUCCUUCAAAGACCAACGUCUCUUACAAAGAUUUUCUUUACCUGUGGGAGAAUUUGCUGGACAAACAGUAUUCCAGUAUGUCUGCUGUCAAGUCAGAGAAACAUCAAGCUUUACAUGAGAUGAUCUACAAUGAACUAAUUGAAGCUAUUUUACGGAUAAUUCAUAAAUUAGACCUCACAUCUCAUAAGGGAGAUGAGUCAAACAUUCAGAGUCAAUCUGGUCAGGACUCUUCAGCACAAAGCGAAGCCAUUUCAUCAUCAGACCCUGUUGCUGGAUUACAACCAAGAGUGCACAAAGAUGUAUUAAUUCUUAUUAACCUUGUGGAGUUUUGCAAGGCUAUUUUACCACGUUGUCGCAUCAGUUCUUUUGAGCAAUGGAUUUACGUGUUUGGAAGGGAUAUCAUCAUUAUGUCAAGCAGAUUCCCAGUAAUCAGUGGAUUUUACAAACUCUUACAAGUCUGUAUGAAGCUUUGCAAAGACCUGAAGUAUUUCAAGGAUAUCAAAAAUGAGAGCCAGAAAACCACUGAUGAUAUGGAUAUUGAGUUUCAAGAUUUCUCCGAUUGCACAAACUGCUUUAUAUUAUUCAGAAAGUUUACAAAAGAGGUGCUUGUUAGAAUGAAGCARUUUAAGGAUGAUCUCCUCUCUUCUUGUCUUGAACUUGUUUUGUCYCUUCCUCAUGAAAUUGUUGUUAUGGAAAUAUCUCAAAUUGUCCCGGCUCUGAAGCAAACAUUUCAUCUUGGUCUUAGUUAUCCUCCCCUGGCACAAGUCGGUCUUGAUACACUUGAGUCUUGGAUCAGAAACCUUCGAGAUGURCUAGCUCCUCAUUUCAAAGAUAUUCUGCCAUGCUUUGAUGGGUACUUGAAGAGUAUUAGUGAAACAGGAGAGCAAAAGGCCAGUGACGAAAACAAGAAGACUGUUACCAUGACUUCAAGAACAACAAGRGGCAGAAAAAUUUCUGUGAAAUUGYUGAAUUCAUCAAAGGGGGAAGAUGAGAAAAAAGAUGGACUGCUGGUCAAAAUACGUCACCAGAUGUUGCAUCUACUUGGUAGCCUAGGAGGGUGUGUCAACAUGUGCUUGUUAGGGACAGAUAAUGCUGUUGACCCUGCAUGUGUAGUAGCAUGGGACACUGUUAAUCAUCUAUCCUUUGCUGUACCUUUCCAAGACAUGAAGCCCACUAUAUAUCUUGAUCCCUUUUUGCCAAGAGUAGUUGAGCUUGCCACAACCUCUUGUGAUCGGCAAACCAAGGUUGCUGCAUGUGAACUUCUUCAUUCUUUGGUGUUAUUUAUUUUGGGAAAAGGAGUUACUCAGCCAGGUGGAAAUUCCAAAAGUCCAAUGGAGAAACUAUGGAAGAAAAUCAUUCCUGCUGUCCUCCGGUUAGCAUGUGAUGUAGAAAUGGUAGCAAAGCAGCUUUUUCAACCUCUUGUGUCCCAGUUGAUUCAUUGGUUUACUAACAAUAGAAAGUAUGAGAGCCCUGAGACUAUGGCUUUACUGGAGGCACUUUUGGAUGGUGUAGUUCACCCUACUGAUACAGCACUAAGAGACUUUACUGCCCAAUGGCUUUGUGAAUUUGUCCGUUGGUCCAUCAAACAAACAACACAAACGAAUUUGUCUAAAAGCCCUUACAAUAUCAAGUCCUUAUUAAAGCGGUUGUACAGCCUGGCUUCACAUCCAAGCUCUUCAAAACGACUUGGCGCAGCUUUAGCUUUUAAUAACAUUUACACAGUGUUCAGAGAGGAGUCUUCUCUUGUUGACAUAUUUGUUCUUGAAAUCCUGGUCAACUAUUUAGAAAGUCUAGCAAUGGCUCAUGGGGAUGAACAAGCGCAAGGGACUCAAGAACAGUGCAAGCAGGUUAUAGCACACUUAGAGANUAUUCUGCCAUGCUUUGAUGGGUACUUGAAGAGUAUUAGUGAAACAGGAGAGCAAAAGGCCAUUGACGAAAACAAGAAGACUGUUACCAUGACUUCAAGAACAACAAGRGGCAGAAAAAUUUCUGUGAAAUUGYUGAAUUCAUCAAAGGGGGAAGAUGAGACAAAAGAUGGACUGCUGGUCAAAAUACGUCACCAGAUGUUGCAUCUACUUGGUAGCCUAGGAGGGUGUGUCAACAUGUGCUUGUUAGGGACAGAUAAUGCUGUUGACCCUGCAUGUGUAGUAGCAUGGGACACUGUUAAUCAUCUAUCCUUUGCUGUACCUUUCCAAGACAUGAAGCCCACUAUAUAUCUUGAUCCCUUUUUGCCAAGAGUAGUUGAGCUUGCCACAACCUCUUGUGAUCGGCAAACCAAGGUUGCUGCAUGUGAACUUCUUCAUUCUUUGGUGUUAUUUAUUUUGGGAAAAGGAGUUACUCAGCCAGGUGGAAAUUCCAAAAGUCCAAUGGAGAAACUAUGGAAGAAAAUCAUUCCUGCUGUCCUCCGGUUAGCAUGUGAUGUAGAAAUGGUAGCAAAGCAGCUUUUUCAACCUCUUGUGUCCCAGUUGAUUCAUUGGUUUACUAACAAUAGAAAGUAUGAGAGCCCUGAGACUAUGGCUUUACUGGAGGCACUUUUGGAUGGUGUAGUUCACCCUACUGAUACAGCACUAAGAGACUUUACUGCCCAAUGGCUUUGUGAAUUUGUCCGUUGGUCCAUCAAACAAACAACACAAACGAAUUUGUCUAAAAGCCCUUACAAUAUCAAGUCCUUAUUAAAGCGGUUGUACAGCCUGGCUUCACAUCCAAGCUCUUCAAAACGACUUGGCGCAGCUUUAGCUUUUAAUAACAUUUACACAGUGUUCAGAGAGGAGUCWUCUCUUGUUGACAUAUUUGUUCUUGAAAUCCUGGUCAACUAUUUAGAAAGUYUAGCAAUGGCUCAUGGGGAUGAACAAGCGCAAGGGACUCAAGAACAGUGCAAGCAGGUUAUAGCACACUUAGAGAGAAUAAUCAAAGUGAAGGCUGCCUCGCUGAACAAGGAAAAUCCUCGUAGGAGAGUACCCAGGGGUUUAAAGGGAGUUGAAGACAGUGGAAAUUGCAUGACUUUGAGUCACAUGCUACCUUGGCUAAUCAAACAAUGUGGAAAACCUCAGACGGAAUGUAGACAUCAAUGUAUGCGACUUGUGUGUCAGUUUGCUCCAUUACUGCCAGGAACUGCAUCUGCUUCAUUUUGGAUGAAAGAAACACAUAAAGAGAGGCCCUCCUAUUUUGUUUAUAGAUUCGAGGGAGGUGGUGGUGGCAARAAUGGUAUCCUUGCAUUUCCAACUCUUAAAGACAUGGGUUGUGCGUUUUCUUUGAAAGAUGCUUUACUGUGGUAUGGCUUCCUUCUUGCCUCUCUUGACUGCUAUACAUGGGCAUUGGGAGAACAGCUUCUAUCACCAAAAGAUGUUUUUGAUGGUUCGUUACCUGACUCCAAGUACACAAGYAAACUCUUCACGUCUCUACAACACUUCUUGUCCGACCUUGCCAUGUUUGGGAUUCAAGCAGCUAGUGACUGCUUUGAAAGUACCAGUCAAGGAGAUCAGGGAAAUAAUAUUUUUAGCCCUAAAGAAAUUGAUAAGUACAACAGAGCAAAAUGCACUGUUAUUGUAAGAACAAUGAACUUCUUAACUGUUCUUCUUCAAGCUCAUGCUCAGGAAGCUUUAAAGUAUGUUCCUGCUGAGUUUUGGAGUGAGCAYUUUUUCAAUACUCUACUCAGCUGUAUUUURGAACCAGCAGCUGUUGGUUUUAAUGUUGGWGAUGUUGARGUYAUUGAGAAUCURCCAGACCAGACAAAAGGUGUUUGUAUUGCUCUGAAGAACUGGCUGCCAAGUACUUCAUUAUCAUUGUUUAAAGAUUGUUUGGUCAGAAAGCUUUCUCUGGGAAGUCAUUGUAAUCUACUAGAACAACUACCAAUUCCUUUGUCAGGCUGCGAAGAAUAUAACAUUGAUCACUUACAUCUGACUCAUCUAGUGAAUGGCUACCAGCAGUUAUUAGAGGCUGGCCUACUUAUUGAUGCUUUAAAAGCACAGAGUCAUGAUGAUAAAUUGUCUGCUAAGACAUGUGGAACAAGAAUCUUUAAGUCWGUCUACAGUAGUAUCCAAACAGCAAGCRUGAGCAAUACUGACAAUAUUCUUCUUACACCGGCUUCUCAACAACUAGCUUUGAAGCUCUUAGAGUUUUCAUUGCUUCUAGGUUUGCAGGAUGGGACUUUAGAAAUGUGCAUCCUGGAAUCACCAUCAAGUGCUGGUAAAGACAAAUCAGAGUUUGGAAUUACAUUCUAUAGAACAUUCAGCUCUGUUCUCAAUAUUUAUUUUGUCAAAAAUAAAUCAAAUAUCUCAAGUUUGGUAAAGCUCUGCACAAAGCAUUCAAAACUGGUGUGUACAAUUCUUAAUGCUAUAAUGGAACAAGUUCAACAAGAGAAGACACUUCGUGGCAGGUAUGCUUCCAGUACAGUGGCAUGUGUUCUGAAGUCAUGGAGUUCUAUCCUUAACUUGUGGACAUCUUCAAACUCAAUUGACUUGAAAUAUUCAUUGCUGGAACUCCUGAGAAAAGUUCUUGUUCUUGACUCAAAUUUUUUAUCUGAAGCAAGAAGCUCUGGUUUUGAGGCUGUCCUUAAAAUGUACUCCUCGCUUUUGACUGACAAAUCCUUUCCCCUAGCUUUUAAGAGUCGUGGUCUUGAACUCCUACCAUAUUUCACAAGAAUGCCAGAAAAUCACCUUUCUUCUCUGAAGUCUGCCCUUGAUACAAUGGUGGCAACCUGUUUUCCUCUGAGAUCUGAUGAAUUUAUAGUUGGCAGUCCAAACUACAAUGACUACAUUUCAGCUUUUGAUAAGAUUCUUACAGCUUUAAUUUCUUCUGGAAGUUUGCUUCUUUUGAAACUCUUGACGAGCAUAAUGUGCCGAGAGGAAGUCCACAUUUAUGAAGAUGAAAUCCAGUCAGCCCUUGUGGCAUUUAUAACAAGACUACAUCCAUCUCCAKUCCAAGCCAAACAAGCCAUUGAUGUUUGCUUUGAGGUUUUUGUCAAUGAKCGUGAUCACCUCAACCAGACACGCCGCUCAGCAGCAAUGCGCAUGUGUGURCCAUUGCUCUGCCARACUUCCAAGAAAACACUACUGGACUUUUUCAGUUUUCACAUWAAAACAAUCAUGGGUAUUGUAGAAGCAAAGGCUCUUAAGCCAAGUGACCCAGUGUUUGAAGAUCAGCUCAUAUCCAAACUGUGCUGUUUUAAACUUAUUGAAGUUCUGUAUACUCGACUGAACAAAGAGGAAAUAAACAAUCCACAGUCUGUUAUUAAUCGAGCAUACUGUGUGGAYGCUAAGACUGGUAAAGAGUUAACAAUGGCUAUCACAAAGUGUGCGCAUUCAGUAAAAAGUGAGAACAUGUGUGGAGAAACAGUUUURCUUGAUCUACGCAGGCAGCUUCAUUGCUAUGCGUAUAAUGCCUUGGCAGCACUUAUAUCAUGCACUCAGACUGAUCAGAAAUUUUAUACUGGAUUUUUGUUCACUGAAAAUACAAUCAAAGGUCAAUUUCUGUUGGACAACCUUGUUGACUGUCAAAGAAAAUAUGAAUUUGAAACUGUGUUAUCAGCACCAAUUACCCGUAAAAAACAGAUGAUGGCAAUUCGAACAGAUUCCAAAUCUCAUAAUAGGCAAGAAUCCUCUUCAUCAGGUCGUUCUCUGCAUUACAUGUCUUCACAAUACCUUGCAGACAGUAGUCUGAGUGAAGAAGUCAGUCAAUUUGACUUUUCUACGCCGAUACAGGCAUUUGCAGCUACAGAUAUCACUGAUGCUGCUCCAGUGGAGAAACAGGAGGGCACAAAGGAAGAAGAAGAGGCACGUGAAUCAGUGGAAGAAACAGUUGAGAUGGAYGAACUAAACCAGCAUGAAUGCAUGGGAAAAUUAUGUGCUAUCAUCAAACAUCUCAGUAAAGAUGGACCAUCGUCAGAAAAGGAAAUGCCAGCUUGGAUGAAGGCACUGCACUCUAAAUUCACUAACUAUGAUACCCAUGUYAAUGUCAAGUUAUUUAUUACCAAAGUAAUCAUCAAUGAAGCUAUGAUAUUCCAACCUUUCUCCAACGCAGUCGACACAACCAAGUACAUAACUUGUGUACACAAGCUACAGCUCCACUUUCCACCAAUUGUAGAUAAGUUCAUGAAUCGUAUUCUGUUUAUUCUACCAACGGUGCAUGGGAGUUUUAAGACUCUCUGCCUGGAAAUCAUCCUCUCUCGGGUUGGACAUACAUCGAAUAUUUUUCAAGAACUCAAAUCAAAAGGAUUGAAGGACAUGCUUGGUUUUAGAGAUGAGGAAAUGCACGUUGUACUUCUGAAAAUUAUCCAUGGUUUGCUGGAAAAGCUGUCGAUGAAUGACCUUCAGUACAUCAUGCCAUCCAUAACAGCCAUGUCAACCAGUAGUAGCGUGGUAUGCCGGGAACUCUUGUAUGACAUCCUUAUAUGGAUAUACGAUAUGUACAGAAAUGACCAAAUGUUUAGGGAGGAAGAAGGUGCCGAAGAAGUCCUUGCCUCAGCUAAAGAUUAUUUGUUGCAAGGUUUAAUCGACAAAAAUAAAGAAUUGCGACUAAAAAUGCAGAACUUUUGGAGCGACGAAACACGUCUUCCCAGCACCACCCUGGAGAGGCUUGUAGAUGUUCUAAGUGCUAUGUAUUCACCAAAUACAGAAUCACAGUACUUGAGCUACACGACCAACCUUAUACUGCAUCUUACCUCUGUCAGUCCUGAUUUCAACCGACUCAUUUUUGAGCAGCCUCUAUCAGAAUGCAAGUUUGAGGAUUACCCAAUUGACUACUCAUGGCACCAGAGGAACGCGAGCAUGACCCCCCUGUUCAUUGCUACACAGGGUUCUAUUGCUACAGGAAUGAGUCAGAGCCAGGGGGGUUCCAUGAUGGCUGGCAUGGUCAGAGCUACUCAAUCUCGCGUCUUUACUCCAACCCAAGAUAUGGAAAAAUCUCAAACAUUUGAUUGGCUCAAUCCAAGUAGUCAGGUUGAUGGGCAGCCUGUUCGUCCUUCAUUUGUGGUUGGGACAUCUGAGACCCAGUCCUCUCUCUUAUUUGUCAAAACUCCUGACCUUAAAAGAAAGUACAAGCAGGUACCACGUGACUUUGGUAGUAAGAGACUGGGAACCACACAGUCAAGCACACAAUCUGACCCACAAGAUUUAAACGAACAGCAAGAAAUCCUAAAACUGAAAAGACGAUUUCUGAAGAAUGACGCCAUUAGCAGGAACUUCUUUGCAAAACGAGAAAUGAUGAGAAAGAAAAUGCGAGAGGAAAUCAAAAGCCGUCAGCAGGCAUCACGUGAUAGUCACGUGGUCAUGUACCGGAAGUACCGUGUGGGAGAUCUCCCUGACAUUCAAAUAAAGCAUUCCGAGCUUAUUGCCCCUUUACAAGCUGUUGCCCAGAAUGACAGCAACAUUGCAAAGCUUUUGUUUUCAUCACUGGUGCAAGCYAUUUUCAAAGAAGCAGAGCAAGAAGGUGUGGAUAGCGUGCGCGAUAUACAAUCAGCACUAACAAACAUGGCGGAAUCCUCGACGCAAUAUUUUGCACCAUUCGUGUCUAGUAUACAGGGWAUUUGCUUCAAUCUCUCUAAGCUGUCCAUGAAGCCUUCAUUAGUUAGUAUUUCAUCGCUCACCAGCCUUCAACAACCCGUCGGGAUCAUGCUCCUUGAGAGACAACUUCUCACAAAUGUUGACGACGGAGCUAAAAAACCAAAACGAGCUCGAUUAGAAAGCAGAACAGACUCUGGAAACACCGAGACUUGGCUUGAACUUGCCAAGAUGUAUCGGUCAAUAGGAGAGUAUGAUGUUGUUCAGGGAAUUUUUAGUGAUCACAUUGGAACACAAGCUAUUACUAAGAAGGCAUUGGAAUGUGAAGCACGUGGAGACUACGCCCAGGCGCUCAAGUAUUAUAACCAGGCAAUGGCCUGUGAAGAAUGGACUAAUGGUGAACCAGUCCAGGAAGAAGAGGAUCUAUGGGAUGAUGCUAGACUUAAGUGUUUUGAUCAACUAUCUCAAUGGGAGAAUCUCGAAAAGUUUUCUUUAAUAAAUAUCGACGAUAACGAUCCGCCUGACCUGGAUAAAGUGUGGUCAGAUACAUUCUACCAGGAACAUUAUCUGCCAUUUUUGAUUAGAAGUAAACUAAAGCAGUGUUGUGAAGGUGGAGAUACUACUGUCUUGGGUCAGUUUAUGAAUCGAGCAUCACAAUUCGAGGAGAGACAAGCUUUCAUUGAAAGUCGCCAUAGUGAAGAUCUGGCUUUGCUGCAUAUCUUAAACAGUGACUACGACAGAGCAAGAUACUACGUGGCCAACUGUUUACAAGGAUUUCUAAUGGAUUGGGCGGGCCUUGAUUCAAUGAUGGUAGGAAGUCGCUUGGCAAAGUUACAAUCACUGCAGACAAUCACUGAAAUGAAGGAAUUCCUGGACUUCGUUGCCAAUGAAGAUAAUUUCAGCAGUGCGUUGCCACUCAAACAGCUCUUUGAAAAGUGGUUGUCAAGGUUUCCUGACCGAAAAUUCCAUCCAAUCAGCGUAUGGGAUGACGUCAUAACUAACAGAUGUGUUUUUAUGCAAAAGAUUCUUGACAGAUUUGACAGCACAUCUCAAUGGUCAGAAUCACUGGACUCUCAAGAUGGAAGUUCUGGCCUUAAAAAUGUCGAAAAUCAAGUGAGACGUCAAAAUGUCUUGUUCCACUUAGAAAUUGCAGAGGCUGCCAAGGAACAGUUAAACUUUCCAGUAUCAACAAAGCAUUUACGUCAAGCUUUGAAAGUGAUAAUGGAGGAUCUUAAAGACGAAAGUCUUCAUCUAAAGUGGACGCAUGCGUACACUUGUAUGCAGCACAAAAAAUCSCACACGCUUGCUGCGACAGAGUCAGUGGAAACUGCUAUAACAACCAUUGGUGAACUAGAAAAGUUUUCAGAUAACAGGGAACUUUUACGUAAUCCCGCAAUGGCCUUGCGUCACCAUCUACUGAAAAGUCGUACGUACGACAUCGUUUAUACAGCUAUUGAAAGUGAAGGCGACCAUGUCAUUGGAUCCCUAGAUGAUGUGCAUCGACAACAGCUCUCAACAAUGUGUGGUAAUGCAGAAUCAUCUGAGCAGAUUGUGAGUCAGUUGAUGAUUCGUUCCUUCACGUCCCUGCAAAAUGCCAUCAAAACAGCCAAGGGUAUUGAGGAACAAAAUGGACAGUCAAGCAGUAGUAUGRUAGAAGCCAUGAUGGUUAUGGUGAAGUUUUGUGAUUCUGUGUUGCGUAAAAGAGAAGACGACUUAGAGAAUGCUCCACAAAUUGAUGUCAAGCUAUUUCCUGGGAUCGUGGUGCGCUACGUCCUCAAAGCMAUGACAUAUUGUUCAGAAGAAGCACAAAGAAGAUUCCCUCGUUUGCUACARCUUGUGGAAAUCUAUCCUGACACUCUUAAUCCCUUCGUGAAAAAGGCGUCGAUUGUACCAUGUUGGAUGUUUAUUGGAUGGAUCAAUCARAUUGUUGCUUUAAUGGAUAAAAAGGAAGGACCUGCUGUACAUAAUAUUCUACACCAGCUGGCGACCCACUAUCCACAGGCUCUUUGUUUCCCUUUCAAAAUCAGUAGCGAACAGUUUAGUUUUGAAAACUCCAAAGUUGGAAAAGCCAACAAGGAGGCUGUSACCAGRCUUCRUUCUCUUCUUGAAAAUCAACUACUUGAUGAUUUCAUUGCCGCCUUGGAGCAACUCCAAAAUCCACAGCACGCUUUCAAAGACUGGUAUGACGAAAUGAAGCUGCGUUUCGACGAAGUUCAAAAAACUGGAGAUGGAAGUUUGGUUGUCAAAUGCUACAAGGACAUGUACAAAAGAUUACUGGACCAUAAAGCAGCUCAGAGGUCGGCCAGGGAAUCAAGGACUCAGAGUGGAGUUGAAUUAGGAGCAUAUAGAGUGAAAUUGGCCCAGAAAAUUGCGUCAGAUUUCGAGAAGUGUUUUGGAAGCGAUGGCAGCAAGUUGCUAGCAAUGAAAGCCAAGAACUUUGAUGAUAUUUAUCGAGGUAUUAAGCGAAAGAUAGACAAUUUGAAACUACCAGAACCUCGUGGUACCUUAAAGGAGUUUUCCCCAUGGCUAAACAACUUUCAGUCCAGCAACUAUACACAAAAACUCGAAAUACCUGGACAAUACACGGGUCGUUCAAAGCCGCUUCCUGAGUAUCAUGUCAAGAUUGAUAGUUUUGACGAAAGGGUUUUGACCAUGCCGUCCAUUCGGCGUCCUAAACGUAUCACUAUACGAGGGGACGAUGAAAAGGAGUACAUGUUUCUAGUCAAGGGAGGAGAGGACCUAAGAUUGGAUCAGCGAAUAGAGCAACUUUUUUGUGCAAUGAAUGACACCUUGAACGCUGAUCCCGCAUGCAAGAAACGUAGCCUGCGGCUUCGCACUUACGAGGUCAUUCCCAUGACUCCUCGGGUUGGUUUGAUUGAGUGGAUGACGAACACUAAACCACUCAAAUCCGUCCUUGAAGGUGAGAUGACAAGCACUGAACUACAGCAAUUCAAAAGACUUAUGCAAAUGCACGACAGCUGGAUCCAAAAGUACUGCAUCUCGUCUACACCUCAUAACCCAAAGGCAAGAUAUGGCGCAAUGUACAGCAAGGCAAGUCGAACGGAAACGGAAACUGAUUUUCUAAAGAAACAGGGGCAGGUGCCGGGGGAUAUAUUAAGGCGAGCCUUUACCAAGUUAGCUGCAUCUCCAGAAGCAUUUUUGACUCUCCGUUCACAUUUCGCUCGCACGCAUGCGUGUUUAUGUAUUUGUAAUUACUUGGUUGGGAUUGGAGACCGUCAUUUAUCUAAUCUAAUGAUUGAUACUGUAACUGGUGGGAUGGUAGGAAUUGAUUUUGGCCAUGCAUUUGGCUCAGCUACUCAGUUUUUACMAGCCCCUGAGCUGAUGCCGUUUCGUUUAACRCGACAAAUCGUCAAUCUUCUUCUUCCGUUGAAAGAAUCGGGUUUGCUUCGUAGCACGAUGAUUCAUACAMURCGUGCACUAAGAGAAAACCACGAACUACUCCUCAAUACAAUGGAUGUGUUUGUCAAAGAACCAUCGCUGGACUGGAAAGUAUAUGCUCGAAAACAAGCCGCUUCUCAAGGAAUAAAAGAAGAAGACGAAAAAGAUUCAGCGUGGUAUCCUAAAGAGAAGGUUAAGACAGCAAAAAAGAAGUUCCUUGGUGCAAAUCCUGCCUUCAUCACCAGGGACGACAUUCGUCUGGGACACGGUAAUAGAGGCAAGGAGUUCGAGGGGAUGAAAGCAGUUUGCCUUGGUGACAAGAAAGUCAAUAUACGAGCAAGAGUACCAGAAAAUGGUCUGACGGUAGAAACACAGGUGGACUGCUUAAUCGAUCAAGCCACAGAUCCUAACCUUCUCGGUCGAACCUAUGCUGGAUGGGAACCUUGGGUCUGAGUUGGGAAAWCCGCUUAUAUACUACAGACYUUAGUUUCRCUUCCURCAGYUUAUYGAAGAAAUGUUGUCACGUUUAAAAACGUAUAUCAGUUAAGGUAGGGCCGAAGAGUUGUAUGGGAUGCUAUUUAAUGAUAGGCAGGUUAUUCUAUGAUUUGUUUAUAAAACAAGAAUAUCAUACAUGUACAACUAAAUUGAAUUUUAUUAUCGUUAGUAUUUCAAUUAUAACUGGAUCAUUGAUCAAACACUUCUAUAAAUCUACUUGUUUUGAAUUUGUCAAAUAAUAAUUCUUGAGUACCUACAUCAAACAAUUGCACUUGUUUAAAAUACGAAAAAGUAAGUAUAAAAACGAGCCGUAGCCGAUCGAGCUCGAUAGCACAAUGUUUUCUCCACUUGAGUUAGUAUAUAGUAUUAUUAACACAUCGUUGCAAUGUAAUUAGAGCGAAAGCAGCGGUUUAGGACAAUAUCGUGUAUGCUAGUUAGAAAAAUACGUUCAAUAUUACGAUUGUACAUUUAAGAUGUACAGAUUAAUAAAUGCUUUAAUAAC